AAAAAGAAACUGGAAGCACAAUUGGCUGCUUUGGGGGGAAACGAUGAGCCAGCGAACGAAGAAGAGCAGCAGCAGCAGCAGCAGCUGCUGCAGCAGCAGCUAGACGCUGACCAAGGAUGGGUCGAUGUCUCUGUAGAGCAGCAAACCCCACAAGUCCAGGAAGAAGUCCAACAGCUAGCCAAGAUGGCCUCGAAUCUGCCUGGGACUCCUGCUGCUGCAGCAGCAGCAGCAGCAACAGAACCUGGGGAGGAAAAGGAGACAGAAAAGGAGGCAGUUAAAAAGAACAAAAAAGAAAAGAAGAAACACAAGAAGCAUGAAAGAGACAGCAGCAGGGAAAGAGAAAAAGAAAAGAAGAAAAAGGACAGUGAGAAGCACAAGGACAGCGAGAAGCACAAGCCCAGCAGCAGCAGCAGCAGCAGCGGCAGCAGCAGCAACAGGAAGCACUCAGACGGGAAGUCUUCAAGAGAGAAGCAAAAGCGGAAGCAGGAGAAGGAGCUCAUGAAGGCCCUUUCCUCUCGACGCACUGUCAGACUGGGAUAG